AUGAUGGGAUUUGGGGGUCAUUCAUUUCACCAGCAACGGCAAACUCAGCAGAAUGCUCAUCCCCAACAUCAGCAACAACUCCAGUCUCCGUCCAUGGGUGCGGCUGCGGCGGCUGCGGCUGCCACGCAGCAACAUCAUAACACUGCCGUCGCCGGGAAUAAUUCCCUCCUUCGCGGUCAACAGCAGACUGAUCUCACAGCCCAGUCUCCGGAUCUUCGCAAGAUGACUCCGUCGUCGUCGGCACCACUAGUGGGAAUGCCUGCCGGGGGGGGCACUUUCGCUUCGUUUUCAGGCCAUUUCCCGCCGCAGGGCUCAUCCGAGCUACUGUCGAGAGGAGCCGACUCGGUGGGUCAGCUGAAGGACCCUUAUUUGUCCCUGCAGAGCUUGCAGAGGAAUAUGAAUCCCAUGGCCAGUUUUCGCGCCCACCCGGCUGCGGCCAUGAACGCUCAGGCGGCUAUGUCGCCGCACGCCCAUGCCAUGGGGCUGUCUUCCCCACAGCAGUCGAUGGACCGUAUGCAGCACGCGCAGUAUCAACAGCGGCAGACGACGCAUACCCAUCCGGCGCAAACAUCCACCACGGCGUCGCCGAUGUUAGCCGCGGCUCAGCCCCAGCCCCAGCAUCAGUACCAGCAGCAACAGCCGCAGUACCAAUCCGCACAGCAGCAGGCUCAAUAUCAAGCGACACAACAGGCUCAGUACCAACAGGCUCAACAGUCUCCGUACCAACAGGCUCAAACCCAGCAGCCUCAGUAUCAGGCGCAAGCGCAGUCACCGUAUCAGCAGCAGGUGCAGCAAACCUUCCAGCAGCAGCAGGCUCAACAAGCACAGGUGCAGCAACAGGCGCAACAACAAGCCCAGCAGUCCUAUCAACAGCAUGCGCGCUACCAAUCGCAGCAAGCUCAGCGCUCGCCGUAUCAGUCGCAGGCUGGGCAACACACGUUCCACCAAGCUUAUCAGCAGCGUCAAUAUCAGCCGCAGCAACAAGCACAGUAUACUCAGCAAGCGCAGCAACAUCAGCAGCGGUCAGCGCAGUCGACACCGUCAACGAUGGGAGGAAGUGCAGAGCUCCCAGUACAAGAACCGGAAACGGAAGAGGCUAAAACCAAGCGACGUCCCAAGCAAACUAAAGCGACUGUAUCUCCAGCGAUAUCUACGAAGCAAGUAAAUGGUCAGCCACCAGCCGUAUACGCCACAGAUGCUCAAACUCAGGCUCAUGCCCAGGCCCAGGCCCAGGCCCAAGCACAGGCCCAGGCACAGGCCCAAGCUCAAGCUCAAGUUCAACAAGCCCAGCAAACUCAGGGCCAACCCCAAGCCCCGACACAGGACAAAUCCGCCUCGACAGGUAACACCGCUACUCCUGGCAAACGUCGAGGUCGCCCCCGGAAGUCCUUAGUGCCAGGCGAAGAAGGCAAAACCCCAAAGCCCAAGAAACCGUCUAAAGCAGCCGCUGCAGCCGCAGCUGCAGCCGCACAAGGCGGCAAUGUGGCCCCAGCUCCGGCUGCUACAGCUCCGGCUACAGCAUCGGGCCUACCCCCAGGGGUACAAGGACCGGCUCCCGCGCCUGGCGUCCCCGGCGUCCCCGGCACUAUAACUAAUCCAGAUGGCACCGUGGUACCGCAAAAGAGACGCCGCGGCCGUCCACGCAAGUCAGAAAUGGACCCGAACGCUCCGCCCAAACCCAAGGCUCCUCGCAAACCAGCCUCAUCAAAGCCAUCCGGUACAGGACGUCCUCGCGGCCGUCCUCUCAAACUCUGGGUCAGGGCCAAGCCCAACCUCAAGCACAACCCCAACAGACCCAGGGCCACGUUCAGCAUCCACACCAGCAUCCACACCAGCCACAACCGCAGCAGCCACAACCACAGGCUCAACCAACAAUGCAGGCUCAACCGCAGAUACCAACUCAAAAUCAGAUGCAAACUCAACCCCAGAUGCAAGCUCAGCCAACAAUGCAAGUCCAGCCUCAACUGCAGGCCCACCACCCCCAACUCCAGGUGCACCAGCACCACCCUCAGCACCAUCCACAUGCGCACCAGCACCAGCACCAGCAUCAUCCCCACCCCCAUGUGCAUCAACACCAACACACACAAGCCCAACACGCACAGGCUCAACAUGCACAGGCUCAACACGGACACCAGCAUCCGCACGCCCAAGCGGAUUCAAUGGUCCUAA